AUUGCUCUGUGUCUGAUCUGAACCUGAACGCAUCAGAAUCGUAGAGCCGUCAAGAGAUACGUUGCUAACCUUUUACCUCCAACUUGCUGGUCAGCCUCAGAGAAGAAGGAAAUACUUUGGUCUGUUAAUUUGUUUUUAACAAUAACAAGUAGAAAUGUUGGGGUGUAUCUGGCAGUAUGUCUACACGUCCUUCCUGAGAUACUGGUUGAAGUGGCUCAUCAGGCAGGCUACAGGGACAUGUGAGCUUCAGAGGAUUUGCUCUGGAUACAAGCCGGGGGCGACGAGAACAACAAAAGCAGAAUACUCUCUCCAGUCCUCGAAAAAUAAAGUUUUGAAAGGAGCUUUGAAAACCAGCAAGGAUAAUUUAGAGAAAUGUGUAGAUCACAUUAUGAAAGAGAAGAAUAUCAAACCCCAAAAAGACCCCCUAUUCAAGGGGAGCGUACACAUCUGCCUGCUGCAGAUAACCGGAUACAGCAGCUUGUAUUCAUCUGUAGAAGACUUAAGGAAGGAAGUCUUCAGCUCAAAUAACCCAGAACACGAGGCCAUGCUGUUAAAGCUUUGGGACUUGUUGAUGCCAACAGUCGAACUGGAGUCCAGAGUAACAAAGCAGUGGGGAGACAUCGGAUUCCAAGGAGAUGAUCCGAAGACGGAUUUCAGAGGAAUGGGCCUGCUAGGUCUCAUCAAUCUGGUUUUUUUCAGUGAAAACUAUACAGCGGAAGCACGCCAGGUGCUUUCUCAUGCAAACCAUCCUAAACUGGGAUAUUCAUAUGCUAUAGUUGGGAUCAACUUGACAGAGAUGGCUUACAGCCUGCUGAAGAGUGGAGCUCUGAAACCACAUUUCUACAAUUCAGUCCAAGGUGCACCUGAGCUCCAAGACUUCCACCAGUUAUACUGUUAUCUUGCAUACGAAUUUGAUAAAUUCUGGGUGGCAGAAGAGCCGGAGAGCAUCAUGCACUUCAAUCAGUACAGAGAAAAAUUUCACAGCAUAGUGAAGACUCAUCUGCAGGACCCUGACGUGUCUCUCACACUGACUGUAGCUUCUAAUUAAUGUUUCAACACGUUUUACACGAAUCUCCUUGUUUACGUCCCAGUUCGAUCUGAUGGAAGAAGACCAACAACAAGCAAACCAAAAGAUAAAGCUUUUCUCAGUUUCUUUAGUCAUACUUUAGUGGUGCUCAGUCUACCUUGGCACAGGUAGGACGACUAGUUUUUACAGCACAAAUCUAAAUCCCCAUACCUCAAAACAUUGACCAUUCCAGUAUCUACUUUAUGAACGGCAGAGAAAUGAGAGCUGCUGCAGAAGACUCAGGUGGAGAUGAUUCAUGAGGUUUUAAGCACUUUUCCCAAUCAAAGUUUCACAGAAAAAUGGUCAUUUCCUUGUUUUCUUUAUGUUCAGAGCUCCUGACUUAAACGUAAAACAUGGCGCUCCAUCAUUGCGCAUGGUUUAAUAUCUCCCGACUCGUGUCAUUAAUGUUGUCCUGUUUUCAUGCAUUUUUAUUUCUGAAGACUGAAUUUUUUUGGCUCGUUAAUUUUAUGCUUUGGUUUGUAAUGACUCGCGGAUUGUGCUUGAAGUCAAUAAAUCUGGCAUUUUGAAUGGAAAA